AGAAUGGAGAGACCCAGAAGGAUAGUUUUCCAAGAUGAAGUUGAAAAACUGAGAGACAACAAAAGAGGAGUUACCAAUACCAUCCAUUUCUCAGAUAAAGGCAGUGAAACUGGAGCCUUAAAUUAUUCUGUUCCAAUCGGGCAUCGACCAAAGCCUCAUGUUGUACCAGAUUAUGUACUGUAAGCAUUUUACCCCCAAAUGAAGCGAUUGUAUGUCAGGUAAACAAUAGGAAGUAUUCCUCACAGAAGGGAAAUCAAAUAAAAAGAAGCCAGAUAUAGGAUUUACAUUGUGUUGUAGAUGUAGAAACUGAGGUGGACAGAUUUUGAGCUGCAGGGAAAACCAGAAUUUGGUUGUGUUGGGAGAUGGAACAGUGAAAUGGACUGGUUAGGGGGAGAGUUAUGGCACUGUGUAAGUUUGGCUUGUCAAAGAAAAAAAAAGUGUGGAUUUGGUGAGGGAAAGGAAGGAAAAUUGGAAUGGACAGGGUGUAAAUGUAGGGAAUUAAGUGGGGAGAAGGCACAGAUUUGAACGUACGAAAAAGUAACCCAGCAGUGGCAUUCACUUUAAAUUUUAAUUGAGGGUUUUUGUGACAAUAUCAACCCAAAAAUCCUAGUCUGUCUCUGCUCACUUCCUUUAGUUUCUCAACCUAGGUUAAAUGUACCUUGGAGAUACAGAUAAAAGAAGGAGAAAUACAACUUAAGGAACUCUGAACUAGUGACAGAUUUGUUUUCAUUCACCCAGGUUGUUUGAGUAUUAUUUAGGGUGAGGUGUGGAGGUAAGCAUACAACAUGGUUGCCCUCCCAGCAAUUACAGUGUUCCAUAUGACAUAAAUAAAUGUUAUAACAAAAUUAACCCAAAGCAUAUUACGGCUAACAUUUACUUAGCUACCGGGUUGUGAAUUACAGAAAUCCUGGACAUGGUAGUUCUUUAGAUAUAUAUUUAAACUUCAGUGUCAUCUGCCAUCCUAGCACUUCUGAGACAAACUGAGUGAUAUCAGAGAAUCAAUACAUAUAAAGAUACAUAUUAAUUAGCUAAUUAAUAAAACGUAAAAGGAUAUAUUUUUUUAGAAAACUGUGAAAUUAUCUAAAAGUGUAAAUAUGUCACGGGGCUUGAAAUAUCCGCUCACCAGAAUCUAGUUGACCUUUGCCGUCCUGGUGAGUAGAAAUUCAGCCCAGGUAAGUUGCAUUGUUGGAUACUCUAGGCUUCCAGAAGCAAGUUAAUUUUAAGACAUGACUAGUAGCGUAGAACUUGAAAUCGUAAGCCAUACAUAAUGCAUUAACUUUGCAAAACAUCACCAUCAUCAAUAUAGUAAUAUUAGGUUAUGUUUAGGUAAUGUCUAUAAUUUUAGGUAAACCUUAAAACCAGUAUACAACCUAAUAAAUAUUAAUACUGCACUCUGAAAACACCAAAAAAUGUGUCUAAUCGAGACAAAAAUUAUCAGAAUUAUGCAAAGUUUAAUCAGUAAAUAUUUUUCAAGAAAUUUAAAAUCAUGUAUCAAAAUUGUCACAUGCAGCAUGGUUCAAAACCGCAAAAGACCUCAGCAUGUAGUACAACCUUUGUUUUUAACCAAAAUUCAUCUUAUGUACACAUCUCAUGUAUGUAUCUGCAAUAUUGUUAAUAAUUCUGAUACUUUUUGUCUCUAUUAGAAACAUUUUUUUGGUGUGUCAGAGUGCGGUGUUAAUAUUUAUUAGGUUGUAUAUAUUUUUGGGGGGUCUGCUUGGGAGUGACCUCUAAUACCUGCACCACCUCGUGGAGAGUGCCAGCACAUUAAAAGUGCAGAAAGAAUGUAGACAUUUUUGAAAAUAAUACAAUAAUCAAUGUUGCAAUGUUACAAUGUUUCUCGCCCUGUUUUAGCAAAUUGUGAAUUUUAUCUGUUUUCUUCGAAACAUCAGUGAAUUAUUUUUCAUCACGUUCCUGUAUGUUACCCAUAGUAAAGAAUCCCAGAAAAUAUUGGAGCUUUAAACAUAAAAUAAUAUAUCUACAGUAAUAAUGAAGUGCAAAUUCUCAUCCAAUCAGAAUUCUCUUUUUGUAAAAUUCCUAUAAAUAAAAAAAACUUUUGCAAGGUUUUUUUUUUUUUUUUACCAGUCUAUGUUAAUGUGUGCUUCUUCAUGCUAUUUCUAGUUCAAGAAUAGCUGUUAUUUAAUUAGCUAUCGGUUUUUCAGGAAAUACCCAGGAAUCAGGAAUGCAGAAGAACGUGAAAAUUAUAAAGCUGUGUUUAAUGACCAAUAUGCAGAAUAUAAAGAGUUAUAUGGGGAGGUGAAAACAGCCUUGCUUAAAUUUAAAGAGCUGGACAACAUGAUGAAUAAACUGACUAGUGGGCCACAGAGCUCUAAG